CACUGGGACUGGAGUAGCAUAGCAUUAGUUAGCAUUAAUAUUCUGCUUAAAAACUUCCGCCACAUUUCUGAAUUUUCAUCUUCCAUCUUCAUCUCCAAAUCAUAAUCACCGAUAUGGGAAAUCGAAUUGCGAGAAUCCAAAACGACACGCUCUGGUCGAUAUCAAUGAAAGAGCAUCGCAUGCUGGGUGGCUCAACCUCUCAGUAUAGCUACACAGUUCGUGUGGAUGCUAACGACAAUACAGAGAUUCCUGCUUCUCUCUUCCUCAAACGCAAUCAUCAGUCCGGAAUGCCCUCUGAGAUCGUCAUAUUUACAGAUGGAACUGAGGUCCGGGAAAGCUUAAUAUCUCAAGAUUUCGUUAGAUACGUGAAGAUUAUACUCUGUGUUGAAGGUCCGUAUCUUGUUGUUAAAGGUGUCCUUCCUCAAUUCCUCGAUCUCUGCUGGUUCCGACCUUGCAAUGUUUCCCUAUUACCUGCUAUAUUUGCUUCACUUUUCCUUCCUUGUACAUGGAUUGCUGCACUUGAGCUGAGUGUCUUACAGAAACAACCUUUCUACCUUCACGAGGUAGUGAUAAGGGGAUGCGGUUUUCUAGGCCGAGAAUACAGAGGAAGGCAAGGUGUGACAAUCAUGAGAUGCAGAAUCUCCACGCUCUUGAACAAUCAUGUCCAACAGCAGAGUGGUGUCACUUCAGUUCAAACAGUGUCUAGAUCUUCUUGCUUUCUAUGAAUAUGUUCUUGGAAACUUGGCUUUGAAGACCAGCAUCUGAUUUUAAGGACGAGUUGGAGCUCAUUGAAGCUGACUUCUGAAAACAUAUUGGGCACUAUUGCCGUUGUGCAUUAUGUGUUCAAAUUGUGAAAUUAUCUAGAAGUGGUGCACACACUUUUCUUCUUUUGACGUGUGUUGUUCUCCUACAGAUACAUUUAUUGGUGGUUUAUGAGACUUAUUGGAUCCUUCCAUUUUCACCUACAGAUAUUCUUUUUAUCUCCUGACUGGGAGAAUCCAUGCUAAUGGAGGAAUUAAUGGGAGCUUUACCAGUUCACUUGUGUUUCCAACUAUGCGUUACCAUCACAAACAGAAGAGCGGCAUCCGUACAGUACCAGAACUGUGUAGGCUAGCAAGAAGGAAACAGUUGUUCCAGCUUUUGCAUACUGUUGAAAGACAGUAAUGCUAUCCACGUUUUGUUGCUGCAGGGUUGAGUAUGUUCUUGGCAAAUCCACAAUCGCACUGGCUGAACUUUCCUCAUCUGUAUCAGUAUAUGAGUAAGCAACAUGACUUUUAACAUGGGGCAAUUGAACAUAGUUCUCUUUCUGGUCUGAAGAGUCUGCAUCUGAACUUGUGGAGUGUGGUUCAACUUUGACAACGGGGUUGCAGCUCCUUUGAUGGUCCAUGAAUUCUGCUUCGUUUUUUGCUGUUCGCUCUAGGUGAGCCAUCUUUUGAAUGCUCAGCCCUUGGUCGAUCCAGUUCAUGUCUAGAGCAUUCUUUAUGUGGAUGCAUUUAAGUAUGGUUGAUAUGAAGUUGGCACCAAAUGUAACUGCAACCAAAAUGGAAAGGGAGAAAGGCUUCCACCAGUUUUUACAUUGGACGGGUGAGGGUUUUGAAUUUGACAGGAAAAUGAUGAGCAGGAAAAUGACAUAAAACAUGGCCAAGUGAGUUGCUUUUGUAUCAUAGUACUGGAUUUGCUUCACUAGUCUAUGAUUGAUGAUGGCCAAUUCUUUGCAGGUGUUUUUGUGGUUUUCUAGGGUGUGGGAGAGUUUACUCCACAUGGCAUUAAUCUGAAUACUUUUAGACAUAGUUGAAAACACACACAAGAAUUAUUUCUUCUUUUUGAGGAAAUUUGAGUAGGUAUGAUUUAUGUAGAAAGUUAAUUUACUGUGCUCAGGUUAAUAUCUCUGUGACAACUCAUUUCUUUGCAAGCUACUUCCAGAAAGAUUCAGCAAGCUACGGUCCUUAGAGUUUCUUCUAAGGUGGAAGCUCCGAUUGGAGGAUUUGCACAUCUCAUACCUUGCUCAGGGAAUAGCUCAGAAAUGUGUAUGUGUGGCCGUUUAGGGGGUAAGAAAUUUCAAUUUGCCCUCUUAUAUAAAAGGUGAUAUGAGUGCCUUUAAAUAUUAAACUACAACUAAUACAUACAAAUACUAUUCUUUUAGUCGUAUUCAGUUUAUCAAAUUGUGAGAUAAUAUAUUAGAAAGAGGAGAAUGGAUUUAUAUAUAUAAAAAAUAUGUGCUGAUGUAACAUCUUAUGCGUGUGCUAUGUUUUUAAUUCUUAUAUUCUUGCUGAGAAAAUCAGCAAGCAGCAAUUGGACGCUACUGGGAGAAUUGAUAUUUGACUAUGAUACCGUGCAGGUUAACAGUGUGAUGUUAUUAGCUACUGUUCAAUCGUGAACUUACAGUAUAUGAGCAAAGUUAUGUGAUUAGCAUUUGGUUUUAGUUUUGAGUAUAUUACAACAUGGAGAUAGUUGGGGCAAAGAGAACAUCGUGAAUCUUUUCCACAUGUUAUGUUGAUUUACUCAAAUACUUUUGAUAUAUCUUGGUUUGGUUUGUUGUAGAUACUCGGCGCGAGUAAAUUAUAAUUUGGAAGCAAGAGAUUGGAGAAAGAGUUGAGAUGCUUGUAAACGGAAAUGACUUGUGCCAUUAGUGAAUAUUUUGGUGUAAAAUAUUGUCAUGAUGUAAAACACUUGAACAAUUUUAGUUAAUCAAACAAAAAACAUCAUCAUCAAA